AUGACUGACCAUGGCGCCGACCUCGACGUAUUCACGGCCGACAUAUUCACGGCCACGUCGCUCGCCGACAUCCACGCCGGCCUCGCUCAGCUGCACCGCCACGAGGCCACCGUCACCCAGCGCCUAAACGACCUCGUCGCCUCGCAAAAGGACCUCUCGCGCGACCUCGCCCGCCUCGACCUGCUGCGCGCCCACCUCGGCUCCCAGGCCAUCAACACGCGAGCCAUCAGCAAUGGCAUGCUGGCCGAUGCUGCCUCGACCGCGAACCGCAUCUCCGCCGCCGUGAAGCGCCUCGACCAGGAGCAAUCCAACGUCAAGGCCACCCUCGACGUCGUCGACCAGGUCGCCGAGCUCAAGGCAUGCGUCCUGGGCGUCCAUGGCUCCAUGGGCGCCCCCCAGGACUGGGAGACGGCUGCCGCCUACAUCCACCGCGCAUCCAAGAUCCCACACGACGUCGUCAACGGCGCCUUUGCCGAGGAGAUUGUCCCCACCGCAGAGGUCCCCGACCCCCCGCGCGUCACCCUGCAUGCUGCCGCCGAGUCCCUCUGUGCGCUGUUCCUGCGCGAGUUCGACAAGGCCGCAAAAGACCGCGAUGGCUCAAAGGUCACGAGGUUCUUCAAGCUGUUCCCCUUGGUCGGCCGCACAGACACGGGCUUGGAUGCAUACGGCCGCUACGUGUGCACCGGUGUCGCCUCUAGGGCGCGAACAACCUUCAACUCGGCCGCCCCGGCCCAGCGCGCAGAGGCCUUCUUCUACGCCAGCACCCUCACCAAGCUGUUCGAGCACAUCGCCCAGAUCGUCGAUAGCCACGAGCCGCUUGUCGAGCAGCACUACGGCCCAGGCAUGAUGGCCAAGGUCAUCGAGCGCCUGCAGAUCGAAGCGGACGUGCAAGGAGGCAUUGUGCUCGACACGUGGCACGAAGAACGCAACAUCGACCGCAAGCUUACCGACAUCAAGUCAUACGCCUUCUCCUUCCUCGUCCAGAGCUUCCUCGCCGCCCAAAAGCCCUCGAGUGGCACGCCUCGCUCGAGCUCGCCUGCAGGCCCUCCAGCACGCACAAGUGAGGACGAGGGAGUCGACAUGAAAGAGGUGGACGUCCUGCUGGGAGAGAGUGCUUUGAUGCUUGGACGAUACGCCCUGUACUCACGCUUCAUCUCCGACAAGUGCGCCCCUUCGCAGCCGGAAGAGCGGAUAGAUCACGGCCUAGUGAUGCCGCAUUUCCUCGUGAACAGCAACCUGCAGAGAAAGGUGACGAGCCACCUCGUCGAACCAUUCAACACCAUGACGACCUUCUUCUUCCGCCGAUCUGUAGAAAAGGCUUUCCAGCUGGACGAGUCGCCACCAGACCUCACGCUCAACCCCAACAAGCCCCUUGGCUCCAGUCCUCCAUUCGUCACCUCUGCCGUCGACGAUGUCAUGUACAUUGUGAACCAGGUCUGUCAGCGAACUCUGGCAACGUCUCAGCGAGCCGUCGUUGCCAGUGUGAUCCCCACCGUGAGCCGAAUCUUGGGGUCAGACUUCAUUGACAUGACGCAGCGAAAGAUGCGCGAUGAAAGUUACCCCCAGCCUGUCAGAGCCGGCGAGCUCCCGCCCGAGCACAAAGUCAUCGCCUUCACAGUGCUGAUCAACAAUCUGGACAUCGCAAAUGACUACAUCAAACGCAUCGUCGAACAACAACUCGGCCGCCGCAACCCGGAAUCUGCAACCUCGCCACUGCAGGAUCUGUUUCCCUUCGGCCACGACGCCGUCUUUGUUGAGACCACUCUGAAGAGUUUGGAAUCUGCAUUCGCGAAGAAGAGCACAGAGCUGCUGAACGACGGCAUAAUAGUCCUCUUCAGCAACGUUCUGAAGCCUCGCAUACGCCCCAUCCUAGCUGAAGCUUUCCGUGACAUCGACUACGCGCCGCCCGAGGUCGGUGACGAUGUGGAAGAGGACGACGAGGAUGGCGAUGCCGACCUGGUCAAGUCGCGCUUCGAUCGCGGUUGGGGCGUUGUGAUCCGCCCUCUGAAGCGCAUUCUGACAGGGGCCAAUUUCGACCGCCUGCUCUCUUUCGCGCUCAACUAUCUCGCUACUGCACUCGAGAAGCGUAUCAAACAGUACUACGGUCGUGUCAACGAACUCGGUGCUGUCAGGUUGGAGCGCGACAUCUCAGGCAUCGUCACGGCGGCAGUCGCAGGCGGAAAGUACGGGCUACGCGACGCUUUCACAAAGUGCACGCAGAUGACGCUGAUCAUGAACAUGGAGGAGGAUGAAUGGGAUGAAGUUGCCGCUGAUGAAAGUGGUCAUGGCAUCCCUUGGGUCUUGGACGCUGAGGAGAGAAAGAGGGUGAGGGCCAUUGUCAAAGGCUGA